GAAUCAACGGCGAGAGAGGUCUUCUACUUCAUCACUGCCAAGAUGGACGCACUCAAGAGUGGAUCUUUUAAGGUUGAUGGAAACACGACGCAGUUUAUAAGCAACACACAGAGAGAACUUGAAGAAUAUAAACAGGCGAUGUCCAGUGACCUUCACCGGCUGCGUCACGUGGACAAAGACGAGGAAUGGCGAGACAACGAGUCCAGGCGACUUGGGGAACUCGUGCAGCGACGUCUCCAUGAUUUGCAGAACCCACAGGACUGCAGCAAAGCGAAACUUGUCGUCUGCAACUUGGGAGACCCUACGGCUUCGGCAGCAUGUUGCACGAGGCGACGAUGUGUCUGUUGACGGCCUACGCCACACACCGGACACUUGUUCUCACAGCCAACGGCUGGAAAUUCGCCCCGAGCACCUGGGACACCUUCAUGAUGCCGCUGUCUUCUACCUGUACAACUAAUGACACCAGAGACAUGCACCCGAAGAAUCAAACAGCGUCUGACCGCGUCGUUGAGCUGAAAACCUUGAUAGGAGAGUGGAACCACUCACCGGCCAAGUUUCGACCUCUCGCCAUCCCAGCAGACCUGGCCAAGAGGUUAAAGGCCUUCCACGGUGACCCCCCGGCCUGGUGGGUCGGUCAGCUGGUCAGCUUCCUCCUGCGUCCUCAGCCUCACUUGCAGCAGACCAUCCAGACACAAGGCGAGAAAAUGAAGUUUAAACGUCCUAUAGUGGGAAUUCAAAUAAGACGGACAGACAAGAUCAACAAUGAAGCGGCGUUACACAGUCUGGAGGAGUACAUGAAGCACGUGGAGGAGUAUUACGACCUGCGACAGCAGCACGAGGACAUCAAAGAACGCCGAGUGUUUGUGGCCACCGAUGACCCGUCGGUCACCACAGAAUUUCCGAAAAAGUACCCGCACUAUAAUAUUAGCUGGGUGGAAGGCAGCGCAAACACAGCAUCCAUGAAAUCCCGCUUUAGCAAAGAUGGACUGAGCACAGUAAUCGUGGACCUGCACUUCCUGUCCAUGUGUGACUUUGUCGUCUGCACCUACUCUUCCAAUAUCUGUCGGGCGGUGUACGAGCUGCUACAGACCAGACAUGGCGACGCCUCCAUGAAGGUGUAUUCUCUGGACUCCUCAGUCUAUUAUCUCACAUACUAUGACAUCCACUACCUGCGAGCUGUUUCCAACCACGAAGCCAGGUUCGUCGGAGAACUCUCUUUUCAAGUUGGAGAUUACAUCGACAUUGAGUCUUAUCUUUUCUCCGAUAAGUCUCGAGUGUUAGCCGGUAACUUAAGAAACGGAUCCACAUUUGGCAUCAACAGACGGACUGGUAAACGAGGUCUGUUCCCCUCCUACAAGGCCGUGGAUGAAAUCGUAGAGGAGAACAUGGGGGCAUACGACUAGAUUAGGGUUACACAACAACUGUAGCGCUGCUACCAAAAAUGUACUAAUUAUAAUCUGAUCAACUGUGUUUUUAAGUGAGAAUUAGAAUUAAGUUGAGGAACGAUGCCACAGUCGACAUUAACAAAUACAUUGGAAAAUCAGAACUUAAGGUCUUUGCCUUGUUACCAGGUUGUUAAUGAUAUCGCAGAAAAACAUGGGGAGAAAGAAAAAAAAAGAAAUUCUAAACUACUCAACUGUUACUAAAAAUAGUACUACUAAUAAAAAAACAACAACUAGAGAUGACUAAGCAAUUGUCGACAUUUCUGCUGAAAGAUUUUUACUUUCACUUUAAGAAUUCGUUGAAGACGAUGCUUCUUCUGUUCCCGCAGCUGAAGUGGGUGACAGAGGAACACGGUAAAAAAAAAAAAAAAAAAAAAAAAAAAAACAAACGGAUGUGUAAAGGUGGACUGCUGUCUGUCUGCCAAGACCAACGCUUAGCCUCUUGCGAAGUUUUCCGCUGUUAGUCUCGGCGAGCCUAAACAAUGAAUGUGACUAAACCGGAAGUUUUGUACACACGUUUUAGUUGCUAAUUGGAAAACAAUCGUCAGCCAGAAGUCCAGUAAUACAAGUUCCUGGUGACAUGCUGCUGACAAAAUCAACUGUCUCCAAAGAGGAACCUGUUGAGAGUGAUAUUAAAUUUCUAAAGAACACUGUUUUAAUGAAGUUGACACUGUUUUCCAACUUUAUUUGCAAAUUUUUUAAGGAUUGCAGUGAAGUGCUAAAAGUAAUUGAUGAGGUUGCUAGCUAAUCGGUAAUUUUAUUGCUUGUAAUAAUUACCUUUUUCAUCAAGUUUUAUUCCUUUUUCUUUUUUUCACUUGUUCCGUUUGCUGAAACAUCAUUUCGCUCGGUUGUUGUUGCUUUAAAGUUAGCGGUGCUGGUAGAUUCGGUACAUCAGGGAUGGUUGGAACUGUAUACCAGAUCAUCCGGCAGUGAUUGUUCAAGUGGGUCAUGAACUGAUUUGGUUCACAAUGGUCAGAGCAGAGAGCAUAGACUGCAUGCAAAAUGUCUGCUGAGUCAACUGACUCACAACCACUCACUCAAACUUUUACAUAAGUAUUCAGAUCUUGGCUGUCUAGGGUUGGUGUGCAUGUGUGUGUGUGUGUGUGGUUUUUUUUUUCUGUGUUGUGCAUGUU